AUGCAAAAAAGGAAAUCAGUACUUUCUACUGCAAAGCUCAGUACAUUUUUUAAAUCUUCUAAAAUUGAUGUUUCUGACAAAGAUAAUACUGAUAGUGUUGUAUGUGAACAUGGUAUAUCUAACUCAAUGCCCAAUGAUGAUGUUAUUGAUUCUAAUUUGUCGACUGAAAUUCAAGCUACAUCUUACACUAUUUCUGUUGAGCCUAAAAAUAAUACUGAUAGUGUUGUAUGCGAACAACGUAUAUCUGACUCAAUACCCGAUGAUGAUAUUGUUAUUGGUUCUAAUUUGGUUAAUGAAAAACUAGACAAAUUGUGUCUAUGUCUUAUAGAUGCUGAAAAAUAUUCAUUGUUGAAAAGAAACUGUUAUGAUGAAAUUAACAACACACAGACAUCAUUAUUCUCACCUGCUAUGAUUAAUUCAGAUAAUGACGAGGCUGAAAGAACAUUAUUUUUUAGCAGAAAACUUAAAUUUAAAACUGAUAAUUCUAAAGAAAGAAGAAAUCAUAUGGAAAAUAUUAGAUACAUUAGUCCUUGCAAUAGUCCUGAUUUUUCUAACAAUGAAGUUCCUUUUGAUCUGGAGAAAUCCACUGGAAGAAAAUCAUUUUCAUUAUGUGAAGAUCAUGAUGCGAUCAAUGAUAAAGAGUUCAAAAAACAAAUCAUAAGACAUGUUAUGUAUUUCAAAGUAGAGCUGAAACAUAUUACAAACACACUAACAAUUAAUCACUAUGAAUUGUUAGAGAGAGUACAAUCAAUUGAAAAGUUUCUGGAGGAUAAACCAACUAAAUUUUAUGAACAAACAAAUGUAGACAUAAACUGUAUGUCUGAUUGUUCUAUACCAAUAGAUAAUGUAGUGGAUUUAAACACUUUAGAGGACAAAACUUUGGGCGAUCAAGAAUUCAAAAAAGCUUUGAUAAAUGAAUUAUCACAUGUUGGUGGGAAAAAUGUAAAAACGGCCGUGAAGAGAGUGUAUGAAUUACUCAAACAAAAAUUGGCCACUAUUGAGGUGAAUGAUAAAACUGCAAUAGAUUACAAAGAAAAGAAAUUGGAGCAACAAAUUUUACAUAAUUCCCCCUCAUCUAAUAUGAGUAAUUAUGUAAAAAUAGAUAAUUUACAGCCACUUGAAUCAAAGAUUUCAUUUAUAGAAAAACUUGUCUGUUCAAAAAUGAAAAAAUUCAUUACCAGCAACCUAAAUGCUGGCCGUAACAAUAUAUGUUUGUUGUACAUAUAA